CACACACACAUACACACACCACACCACACACACAUCCAUCCCACACUCGCGCAUAAUAGCCAAGGCUUCGCAUCCUCGGCUCGCACAGCUCAUCCGCUCGGGACGGUAACCAACGCCGGAUGGGAUGUGGAGUCGUCAGGUGCAGCCGUCACCGCCACCUUCUCUGACGGCCUCUGGAAAUCAGAGCUCUUGACGAGGAGGAGGAGGAGGAGGAGAGGAAGAUUAAUCCCGCUAAACCGGCUCUUCCCCCUCCCUUUUCUUGCACCUUGCAAGACCGCCAGACUGCCGGGAGUAGCCGAGGGGAGCACCGCGGAGUCCUGAAAAAUGGAGAUCAUCGAAACAAGCACGAUUCAGCAGGAGAGGCUCCAGGCUAUAGCGGAAAAGAGAAAACGCCAAACGGAGAUUGAAAACAAGCGGCGACAAUUAGAAGAUGACAGGCGCCAGUUACAGCACUUAAAGUCAAAGACUCUGCGAGAGAAAUGGCUGCUGGAAGGAGCUCCAUCAUCCACAGCUGAAGAGGGUGAAGCCACAAAGAAGCUGUUGGAGGAGGACUACUUGAAGGCCAAGGAACUGGAAGAGAACAUCCAGAGGUUGGAGAAAGAAUUGGAACAACUGGAAAAUGGCAUCUCGGCAUCUUCCACCAAAGAGAACAUGGCUGAGGAAACAACCAGAGUGGUGGUCAAGGAAGAGAAGCUACCCCACACGCCGAAGACUCCUCUAGGCUCAGCCAAAGCAGACAACAAAAUCUCCAACAGUCCCAUAAAAGUGGUGGAAGGCAAGGGCAGCGGCUUGAUGAAAGCAGCUAUGUACUCUGUAGAGAUCACUGUGGAGAAGGACAAACUCACAGGGGAGACCAAAGUCCUGUCCAGCACCACUAGACUACCCAAAGAGAACACAGUUCAGGGAGUCAAAGUGUACGAGGACGAGCUGAAAGUGGUCCAUGCAGUUCGUACCGAAGAUGGGGCUAUUGAGAAUGGUGUCCACCAACUCAGCUCAUCCGAAGUGGAUGAGCUCAUCCAUAAGGCCGAUGAAGUGACCCUGAGUGAAGUCUCUGAGAAGGCUGCCAAAGAGGCCCAAAGCAAUCUCCCAAGCCAGAAGGUCACCCCCCGGAAGGAAAUCACAGGUGUGCAGGCUAAACCAAUGGAGAGCCCAAAGCUUGGGGGUGAUGGCCCAGAGCCUAGCAAAGAACAACCUGUCACCAUGAUCUUCAUGGGCUACCAGAAUGUGGAAGAUGAAAAUGAGACCAAAAAAGUGCUGGGGCUCGAAGGAGAGCAAAUCAAGGCCGAACUGGUGGUGAUAGAAGAUGCUGAGAAUAAAGCAGCCGGAGACCACACAGCAGAUCACGCCCCACCUAAUGGCAGCGCGAUGGAACCCUUGCCUCAGAAGGACGAAAACCAAGUUGGAGCACAGCCAUCAGCCAAUGACACGGACCCCAAAGGAGCAGACCAGGAUCUUGACAUGAAGAAACAGCGUUGUAAAUGCUGCUCGGUUAUGUAAGAGGCUCUUGCCAAGUCCCUCCCUCAACUAUACAGCCAAUCAGGACUGCCUUUUCCCAUCAUUCUCACCUGGACACCUUGACUCCGCCUCUCCAGUUACCUUCUCAAUUCUACAAAGGUCUGAGUUCAAAGUGUUGCUAUUUUUACUUAACAAGAUGUGCUAUUUGCAUCCCCCAAGGAUGUUUUUCCCUCUUUAUUUUCAAGUGACUGGGGGAAUAUAAGUGCAGUGCUGGUGAAAUCAUGUAAAAUAGCCAACAAUGACACUAAAUUGCCAGUCUGGUUUUUUUUCCCCUGCCUCCAUUAACCCCUUUAUUCAUUAUUUCAUAAAGGAACAGACCCAAAAUUUAAUGAUGGAAGUGAUCCAAUCAGUCCAGUCCCUUUUCUUUCCUAUUUGGACAUUUUAAAUUGUAAUGGUUGAAUAUACCUGGAAACCUUUUGAUUAGAAAUGAAAAAGAGCGAAUAUUUCCUCACAGUUCAGCCCUGUUUCCAUUUUCUGAAAUGUUUAAAAAAGAAAAUUAAUUGAUCAAGAAAGGAGACUCACCAUUCUUGGCUUCCUCUUGAAAUUUCUGAAUCUUUUGAAAUCCAGUCAUCUUUGAUAUCUCCCAAAGUCCUUCACAUCCUAAUUUCCUUAAGGAUACUGGUGACAAAAAUCUUCUAUGGUGGGAAUGUUAAGAUCAGAAAACAAUUAAGCAAGUUUUUCACAAGUUUUAAAAAGAGGUCAACUGAUUUUUUUUUUUUGUGCACCACAGAACUUGGUCCUGAACCAAAACAUCCAGAUGUUAGAAACUGGUUUUGCCUACAAAAUAAUUCCAUGACAUCUUCACAAGAAUUUAUUGGCCUUCCCAUCCUGUUGAUUGCAGGAGCUUUGACAAGGAUGUAAUUGUUGAGCUUUGAAGCUCUGAAAAAGAAAAACUGGGUUGAUUUUGUAUGUUUUUUUCUCCCCCAAAUGCCAUGAUGACAACUACUCUGGACUAUAAGACUCUAAGCCUAUGGUUGAUGUCCGAGUAGACUUUAUGAUUCAGUGAGCAAUCCCAGUCGAUGAUAAGAAUUGUUGACGCUAAAUGUAUAUUUUGUGGCUGCUAGACCAGUCUUCCCCAACCUAGGACUUACACAUUGGACCAUUUGGCUACAGAUGAUGGCAACUGUCAUCUAACACAUCUGAAGGGCAUCUAGAUUGGGAAAAGAUACGAUGGAUUCGGUCAGUGGGACAGAGAGCUGUGCGGGACUGUCAGGUGCUCAGCAUCGGACAAUGUACCUGCAAAUAGUUAAGAGGUAGAAGAACAGUUCGGUGAAAGCCCCAGAUCAGAUUGGUGGGGGGAAUGGGAGGGUCACACAGGCUUCCCUGAUGGAAGAGGCAAAAUGCAUUUAAAACAAACAGUAAGUAAAGACACAGGAUGGGAUGUCAUUUGGAGGCAAAAAGGAGAAAUUCUCAGCCAUUAGCACAAAGAGAAUAAUAGGGAAACUGUAGAAGAGAUAAAAUUGGUGCUAGCCAACUGGCACCAUGGUUCCUGAUAAACUGCAUCAAGGAUAAAGGUCCCUCAUGUCAAUGGGGGGGGGGGGCAUUGUUCUGAAAAUACUUCCUUCUCUCUGCUUCCCCAUCAAGUCCUUUAAGGGAAAAAGUGCCCUUGGUACCACCCGUGUUUCCCAGAAAAUAAGACCCUGUCUUAUAUUUUUUUGAACCCUGAAAUAAGCGCUUGGCCUUAUUGACAUGCGCUCAAAAGCCCGAUUGGUCUUAUUAUCUGGGGAUGUCUUAUUUUGGGGGAAACAGGGUAUUAGAUAUUUAACAUCAAGUCUUCCCUUCCCUUCCCUCCUCCUUAUCGUUAUCUGGGCCUUUCCCAUUUUUGUUUACAUCCUAUAAAGCAGGGGUCUCCAACCUUGGCAACUUUAAGAUUUGUGGACUUCAACUCCCAGAAGUCCCAGAAUUGCUUUAAAGAGUUCUUUAGUUCAAGGCUGUUUCACAAACAUUUCUUCUAAUUUGUGGUGGCUGGAAUUUUUGGAGAUGAGAUGUAUCAGAUUCAAAAGGUGCUGACUAUCUCCAUACCCCUAAAGAAACUAGAGUCUGCCACAUGUCUCGGCUUCCAUUCCUGAGAUAUUACAACCUGAAUUGCCAAAGCAAACAGUUCCACCUCAGGUACUGAGACAAAUAACAUAAGUAGUAUUUGGGUUUUGCUGCGGCUACCUUUUCUGAACGUGCACUCCCCAAUUGUACGGAGACCAUAGCUUCCAGGGUUCCCAUCUGGCAUAGACCUGUCAACCAAAAUUCUGGGAAAUGUAGAUUGUGGAAGGUCUAUCUCAUAUAUAUGAAAUCAGAGGCAAAAUAUAUGCAAAUCUCCAUAUAUGUGCAUAUAUAUAAAAUCUCCAGGCUAAUCAUCCAGCCAUGAUCAUACCUAGUUAUAGGGCAUCUUAAUUUCUCUUUUGCUUAACUAAGAUCCAUGGAUUGGCCUUGCUUUCUAAGCUAUUCCCCAGCUUAGACCCCUUCAUGCUGGUCAACUGUCUGUGGGGCACCACGAAGCAGUUUAAUAACUGCACUUCCUGUUGUUCUACUCCUUCUUAGAUUAUCAGCACAGCUUUCUUUUCAAAUGCUCUAAGAUGGAUGAUCUUUGAAAAUAUAGAUUAGUGUUCAAGGAUAGGAAUCAAGAAACAUCAGUUCCCACCAAAUUCAGCUGAAAGCUAGAUUCCCACUGAGCCUUUCUAAGCAUGAUUUGCUGAGAAGGUGAAAGAUAAGGUUCUAGUAAUCUGAACAAGUUCCACUUUAAAACCAAAUUUAUCUUUUGGUUUGUUUGGAUGGAGACUUUCUCAUUUGUUUUUGUUCUUUGAACUGAUGAGCUAGUUCUUCCCCUUCCAGAUAAUUGAAAAGUGUAUACAUAAUUAUUUUCAAAGCAUCUCCUGAAUCUUUCCUAAGCUCUGAACAAACCAUUGCAUCAAUUUCUCAAAAUAGUAUAGCUUCCAAAUGUUGUAUCAGGAUCCACAACAUCUCCACGAACCCACACAAGUCCUAGGAGAGGGCCUUGACAAGUCUUCCUUGGACCUGAUGGAAAAGCAAUGAAGAAACUGUUACAUGGUGGAGAAGACCCCCUGUGCACAUAAGGGUGCUUCCCAUAAAUACCUUGAAGGGGUUUUUUUCAUCCCAAAACACUAGAAUCCUACAGACCAGUAUCCAAGUAUUUUAGUAUUUUGGAGUAUGUUCCUCAUUCCAUCUCCCUAGCAGUGUUGAGAUUUGUGAUAAACAGGCAAUGGAAUCUGAUAAUUAUACUUGCAAUGUUAGGGUUCCAAGUUAAGGAAAGCCAUUUUGAGGACACUUCCUUGCAUUGACCAAAAGAACCUGGAAGAAGAGUUUUCCAUAACAAUAUCAUUCAAACGUCUUCUUCCAUCUGUAUUCGUAAAAUACAUCCGUGCAAAGUUUUAGGGGAGGGAGCAUUCACUGGGUGAGCUGCUUUUGCACAUUUCUGCUUGGCUUGACAAUCAUAUUUUUUCUGAAGGAAGUCAUCCAGUUAUCUUUCUCAUCCCAUGUUCUGUUUCCUUACUUUCCUGUAAUUAGCAAAGCAAGCAGGCAUAUUGGAAGAAGCCACACAGAGAUGCCCUGCUACCUCUUUCACCAGAGACAUUGGGCAAGGAUCAAACUUGAACUUUUUGCCUGUACAAUGAGCUGUGAACCCCUCCUAAUUCAAAUGAUUUGCUCAUUGUGAUCAGGGAUAUCCAUAGUAGCUCUAAAAUGAAGCAGCCAAUUGGAUCUGGAAGUUUUGACAUGCAAAGGAUAGGCUGUCCUGUUGAGUGAUGGGUGUUCUUCAAAUUCACUUCCUUUAAAAAUGUCCUAAAUUUGCAAACCCUGAUGAAGAGUUGAAGGCAAUCUUAAAAGAGGAAGGAGCAAGUUUCCAUGGUUUGACCAUUAUGUAGUGUUCCCCUGCAGCUAAACUUUAGAGAGAGAGAAAGAAUUUAGCAUUCCAGCAUUGAGAUGAUUAGCAUCUAAGAAUGUGAUAUGGGUUACUCUUUGAGGGCAAAUCACAGAGCUGGGGCUGAUGCAGAAAUCUCAGCACUAAUACAGAUGAGCUUUCUACAACAUUUGUAUGGAUUCUCACUUGUAUAGUUGGGGCUCCACAUGAUAAUGUAGGCAAUAAAAAAAUAGAGGUAGAGGGGCUGAGCUGCUACUGCUAUGUCGUUUAGAACAGUAUUUCUCAACCUUGACAACUUUUAAGAUGCGUGGAUUUCAACACCCAGAAUUCUGGUUGGGGAAUUCUGGGAGUUGAAGUUCACGCAUCUUAAAAGUUGCCAAGAUUGAGAAAUACUGCAUUAGAGCUUGGUCAUUUGCCUUCGAUCAGUGCCAGACAAUAAUCCACAUGUGGACUAUGCCUUAUUUUAUUACUAUUCCCUCCCCCCCUCCCUCUGGCUGAAAAUUACCUUUGCAUUUCCAAAUGGGUGAGAGAUUGGGGAUGGAGACCAAGGAAGUAAUAUUUAAAAGCUCAAAAAAUACUGCAUUGGUAGUUAUGAUGAAGGGACAUGAUCAUACUAACUGAAUUAUAAAAGGAAUUCCUUGGGAUUUAAGCUGGAUUCAACCAAUUUCCGUAGUUGGGCAAGGCUGGUUUUACUUAAAAAGUUAUCACGUAUUAUUCUGUUACUAUAAAAUUGAAUUAUCCUGCAUAAUAAAUACAAUGUAUGGGUGGUGAAAUAGGGUGUUUAAAAAUGAGAGAUCAAGAAUUGUGCGGUGGAGUGGAGGAAAUCCCUGUUCAAGAGAUUCUGGGAAUCCCUUCAAAUUUGGUGGGUCUGUGAUAUGAAUCCAUUCUUCCAGGGGAAGAGAAAUCCAUUGAUGCCUCCUUGCCAAAUUUCCCUAUCUGACAUGAAAAAGCUGGAAGAGGUGAACCCCAUGACUUCCAAGCCAAGGAAAGACUGUGUUGUCUCCAGACUUUCUGCUCAAGCUGCCAUUAUUUUUUUUGGCUCUGGACUCAACAGUCCAUUGUUGUAGUUUGUGACUUGGAAACUAGUCCUCCUUCUGUUCUCCAGGUGUGUCACCUGAUCAUCUGCUCAAUGGGCUUCUGAAAACUCACAGCUUACCAACCAUCCAUCAUUUUGUCAACAGCUCACAAGCCAAAAGACCCCGCAUGCUGUUUGCAUAAAAUUGUUGGCACUUUGUGGAGACAUCACUUGGGAGUCUUCUCUGCAAUGGACAAGGGGCAGUCUUCAAAAGCUCUAGACAUCUCAAGCUGUUCUUUGGGCCAUUGGGAAGGCCCUCAACAUCAGCAUCUCCAGCAACCAAUCUCCAUCAGCAAUGUCUUCUUUCCUCCACUACUCAACAAUGAUCUUCAUCUGGGUUGUUUGACCCAAGACAAACAGCAGCAAACACUCCUACCUGGAUUUCUCUGAAGCUGAGAACAUCUGUCAAGGUGAUUGAAGGAGAAUCAAGGAAUGAAGAGGCUAUCCGGUGCUGCUUCAGAGAUUCUGGUGCUGGUGUAGUUAAACCCCCUUCCCCACUUUUUCUCCCCCACAACCCAGUCUCUGUCUCAUCCAAUGUGUAUGACAUGGUGAUGAUAACCUUUGUGUGCCCAGUUCUCCACUGUUAAUUCCUUUCAUAUUCUUUGGCUCGCAGAAGUGCACUUCCCCCUUUCUCCCAAGCUUUCCAAACAUCAUGGCCAACUGUUUGAAGAUCUACCUUAAAUACACCCUGCCACACACACAUGCACACUUCUCUGUUGUUUGUUUGUAAUAUACUGGAACAGAGCAAAUAAAAAGUGUGAAUCAUCUGGAAUAAAAA